UGUGCAGUACAGCUCUAGGCAUGGAAAGUAAGGCAAUAACUAAUGCACAGAUCACUGCUUCAUCCCAGUUCGGUGAUCCAGGGCAUGAUCCAUGGAAAGCGCGCCUUAAUCUCGUCGACUAUAGAGGAUCAUGGGUAGCUGGUGUCUAUAAGCAAGGAGAAUACGUACAAGUUGAUUUUGGUGUUACAAAGAUGAUAAGUAAAGUUGCAAUACAAGGGCGUGGCAAGUAUGAACAGUACGUCACGAAAAUUUCAUUGAAAUAUAGCGCUGAUGGAUCGCAAUGGUUUGAUUAUAAGGACAGCAAAUAUAUCAAG